UUUUCGAACGUCCGCGUUGGUUGUAAACGCGCGUAAAUUUGUUUUAUAGUGGAGUCUGUGAGGUGUUGUAAGAAGACAACAUUAUUUUACAUGACCACGGCAGCAUACAGAUAUGGACAGAUACGUGCUAGUUGUUAUAAUCAACCUAGAGCCAAAGAAAGAGGGCUCUUUCAACGGGGUUGAUGAAACCAAAAAAGUGUUUGGUAACCUCAAGAAUAUUUCUGAUUCGAAUUUAACGCGCAUUCCUCCGUUUCCAGCCUGCUCUCUGAGUGGUAGUCCUGCCCCACAAAGGUGGUACUUUGCCAUCCAAGCGAGUUAUGGUACAACUCAGUGGUGCAGCUCCGAGUGGGAGGAACUGUGUUCCCAGCGCAGUGACAGUGAGGAAUCAGAGCCAUCUGCUUUAGACAGCUGCAUCACUGCCCUUCAGGAGCAAGAGGAACAGGGCGUGCUCACAGAGAACCCGUCCCACGCAGAACUAUUUGAAGAGGCAGCUGAAGGUCUUCAUCAGUUAGCAGACAAACUUCCUCCUCCAGGCAAGUCUUUGCUCGAUGUGAUUGUUCUGUGUGUGGAUGAGGAGGUGGGGUUGAAGGAUAUGCUGCCUAUGAUUGGCUCUUUGAAGCACAUGAAGGCAUGGCAUUCAGCACAGAUGAUCAUGGUCACUGAACACAGUGCAGGUUGGCAGAAAGCAGCCAUGUACCUAGACGCCCGCUUAUGUUCACCAUCAGUGAUUGACAGCUGUGUGGACGGGAGGGAGAUCUGGAGAGGUGGACUUCAAAUUAGAGAGAAAAAGUUUGUCUCUGAGCUGAAGUUUGAGGGUUUCUGUUUGAGAGCUCAAAGGAGAAAUCGCUGGAAUGAUGCACUCUAUCUUCACACAGACCCACAAAGCUACACUGAUCACAAACUACAGCAUGAGGUAUUUCAGUGUUACCAGCCUGUGUUGGAACUGAUUCAGCUGGUCAGAGUUAAAGAUCUCCCGGUUCUUCUCCAUUCCAGCGCAGAGUUUGAACUUGCUUUGACUUCCAAAUCUGUCAAAGCCAAGCUACUCUUGGACCAACUGUGCACAUUGCGUGGAGAGGUGGGAGCUUUGUUUUCUCUGUCCUGUGUGAUGAGCACUGAGACUUUCCCAGCAGCCUCCCAGCUCAGCUCCUGCAAAUGGAGAGACUUCAUGUCUAAACGUCCCAAGGACGUACCUGUACCUGAUGUGGAGGUAAAAGGUGAAAAAGGCCAGUACCUCUUCUUGGUGCAGGGGGCGGAGUCAGGAGUCUGCACGGCACGAAUGAUACACACGGCCAAUCAGAUCAAUGGAGCCGCUGCCCUGGCAACGCUUAAUUCCCUCAUCAGGAAAAAAGUUCCGCCUUCCUCAGGGAGCAGCACUGCUGACUGGCUGCGGUCCCUGCCAUGUCUCCGUGGAGAGCAGCUCUUGCAAAGGGAGCGAAAGCUGGCCAAGGUGCAGACUCUGGUCCUUAAGGAAUGCUGCCGGCGACGAGAGGAGGCCCAGAAGUCUGCCGCCAUUCCCGUGAAUGAACUGAAGGCUCUGCUGAAUCUGGCCAGGGAGCAGUACCUUCAGAUGCACGACUCCACACUGCCUAGAGCGUCUGAACGCAUUCGCCUGGAGAAGGACAACCAGAUGUCCUCUUCUAACACUAGUGAUGUGAAACAUUGUGCUCGCACAGAAUGGCCAGAGAGGAGCGUCCUACAAAACUAUGAGAACAUACAGAGAGCCCGACAAAGAUCCAGGUGCAGGCUGUUCAGCAGUGGUUCCUCUGAGAGUCUGAUGGGGCCUAAAGAUAGCCAGAGGGGAAGUUCUACACUGCUGGAUGCCAGAGAACUGCUCAAACACUUCACCCCUGAUGGACUGCCUAGCGGGGAACUACAGCCGCUGCCAGUGCUUAGAGGUGAACAUGCAUUUCAGUUGUCUCCUGACCUCACACCAAGGAAGGUGACCAAUCUUCCUUUCUCAAAAGCUGCCCGAUCCCACUACCAUGGAAUAGAGUUCUGUCUGGAUGAGCGUAAGGCCCUUGAGCGAGACCGUGGCUUUGUGAGGCUGCAGUCUCGUCUAAUAAGAUACGAAACCCAGAGUACAUGCUGUAAGGAGCCCUGCCCUGUGCCAUUCGCCCUCAGUCCUGCACCCUCCCCAGCCGUGCUGUCUGAACCGGGCAGCGUGCCCGAUGGUGAAUCUCUGCACAGCGAGCCGCCCCGCCUCAAACGCCGCUCCCGCGAGCCAGACCUCCAGCCACACAAGAGGUUCUGUAAAUCAGAGAGCUCUGAAUCUCUGGGUGCAGGUGGUACUCACCCAGCAGUGGGGGCUCUACGGCAGCAAGCAGCCCACUCUCGUUCCAGCUCAGGUCUGGCUAGACGUUCUGCUUCGGUUGCCGACCCCUCACCCAGUCAAAAACCCAGUCAGACCCAGACCGAGUCCCGCUCCCAGAAACACACCAGGAUGCUGAGGGAGGUGGUUGCUAAGACGCUCAAUAAACACGGGAUCAGCAGUGAGCACAAGUGCUUUGAAGCCUGCAGUCAAAGACUGUUUGACAUAUCAAAGUUUUAUCUGAAGGAUCUGAAAACCUCACGUGGUCUUCAUGAGGAAAUGAAGAAGGCAGCCAGUAACAAUGCCAAACAGGUGAUUGAUUGGGUUGUGGAGAAAUCAUCUAAAAGAUGACUUCAUUUUAAGUUGGAAACGUUGAAGGUAAACCUGCAGAAGAACAAACAACAUGAUGCUACAAAGUGAAUGGAUGGAACUUCUCACAGCGCUAAAUACAGAACAGUUCCUGACAGGAGUCAUGUACAUAUUUAUUUCUAUAUAUAUUUUUUGUGUUUGUGAUAUUAUAAUGUAUUAAAAAUAUUUUAUUUGGUUUUAUAUGGUGUUUUCACUAGAAAAGAAAUAUCUUGAAUGCUCAACUGACUAUCUGACUCUGACAAGCAACAGCCAAACAUGGCCCCACGUUUUCUGAGAAACGCUGUUUUGCAUCAUGAAAAUCAGUCGGAGGGCGUUUCUCUCCAGAUCGUAUUUCAGUAAUCAGUUCGCUCAAAUCACCACUCGAGCAUGAAACAAAGAACACAUGAGAGUUUCAACCGUUUUUCCAAAACCUCAUCAUUCCCUCUGUGAUUACCUCAUCUUUUCUUGUUCAUUGAUCCCACACAGGCUACCGCUGCAAGUAGUUUGCCCUAAAAUGACUGCUGUGUUGAGAUCAGAAGGUCACGUUGGGUUGAGGUCAUAAAGAGCAACUGCUCCGUGGCACUCCUCGCCCAGAGAAGGUUGAGGGUGUCUCGUUUGGCAAAGUCGCCGGACACAUUCCAGUCCCACACAGGGCCAUUGUUCUCGCUCCUGGGUGCCCAGAGGGGUGAUGGGAAAGG